AUGCCCAAGUUGUCCACUCAAGCAUACAUCACCGCCACGGUGCAGGCGACGGCCCUGAGCGCGCUAUCAUGGCUCCUUGCACAAAUCAUAGUAUUUGUUCGUGAAAAUGGCACCAAGCAGAUCGACUACCCGAUGCUGUGGCGCUUUGCGCUGUACACGGCGCUAACGACGCCGCCAAACCUGUCCUUCCAGGGCUACUUGGAGGACUGCUUCCCGAGCACGACUGUUCGCAAGAGAUCGGCCAAGAGCAAGGGCAACGGUGAGAAGAAGACGGAGGAUGUUGACGUGGUGGAACUGGAUGCGACAAACACGCUGGCCAAGUUUGUGCUGGACCAGACGGUCAGCGCGUCGGUGAACACGGCCAUGUUUAUUGCCGUCAUGGGGCUUUUGCAGGCAAAGGCGUGGGAGGAUGUGCAUGGCGACGUCAUGAAGAAUUUUUGGCCACAGCUCGCGGCAGGAUACUCGUUUUGGCCAUUCGUCACGCUCUUCAACUUUACAGUUGUCCCGUUCAAGCAUCGCGCCCUGGUGGGUAGCUUCGCCGGUCUACUGUGGGGUGUGUUCUUGAGCUUAAUGUACUGA